AAUAACGAACUCGAGCCGUUCUGCCACCAAAAGAACUCCAGCCGAAGCCCAUCGACCGGACCGCGGCGAUUAAACGCAGGUUGAGCGCUCUUAUUCCGAUCGUCUUCCUCCCUCUUAAUGCAAAGAGAAUGCUGAAGCAGUUCUUCUCGUCCAGCCAGAUCAAGGAGAGUUUCAAGCUCGAUGAUGCUUCGGAUUCUCAACAGAACCACACCAUUAUGCUUCUCUCUGGUCCUCCUAAUAGCGGGAAGACGUCAAUCCUGUUCCAGUAUGCGUACAACAGGGCGGUAAAUGGUCGGAAGCCGGUCAUCUUCAUAUGCAACAAGAAGAGAAUGCACAGCAACCCGCCCUUCCUUUCCCAAGGAAUCGACCCAUCUUCCGACGUAUUCUCCCGGAUCAAAAUGAAAUAUAUUGAAAAUGAUGAGGAGAUUAGAAAGUAUUUUGCAGCAUUUCACCUGCAUGACUCUUUCCCUGCAGCUGUUGUAAUCGACGAUUUUGGCGACUUUUUUGAUGAAAGGACUUCUCAAGACAGGUAUGGGAAUGCUAGAGGGAGAGACUUGGCAAUGGUUCGAACUCUGGCUCUGUCCCGGGAUGCCAUAGACCAUGCAAAUAAGAAGCUACAACCUCAAGAUUUCUGCCAACUCCUGCUCUCUGACACACACCAUGGAGAUGGUCCCAGGCAACUAUUUGUCUACAAGAAAUGGCUGUCGUGCAUCUUCACAAUAAGAGGUGAUGGUCGAGGAUCAUUUCUUCUUGGCAGACUUGGUCUGGGAAAUGCUUCCGAGAAAAGGACAUGCUUUGCCAAAUACACAGUAGCUCUUCAAUACCUCACGUUGGAGGGAACUGCGGAAGAAUAGGUCUCCCUUCCUCAGGUUGGAAGACGUGGUGCAAGGAUAGCUCUCCCUCUACCUCUCUCAUAUUUGUGAGGGUUCUAACAUCUGCUUCUUAAUCUAUCGAAUUAAAAAGUAAAACUAGUUUGUCUAUGAUAAAGGAGUAAAUUAAUUCUUAUAUCGAAAUCAUCAACAUCAGUAAAAGGUCAGUUUUUAAGAAUGAAUUCUUCCAGUAGCGUGUUGUUCAUUUA